ACAGGAAAAAGAAAACUGCGUAUUACAGCGACCGAAAACUGCAACACAAACGCUCGUCCUCUGUUGUUGUCAUUCUUCCACACAAAUAGACAAACAUAAACCGAGGAUUAAGGCUUUUAUAAGCCUUGGAAUUCUCCUCAAGUUCUGAUUCAAUAGCUGGGAUGCAUAAUUUCCCUCUAAAUUUUAGCUUGUUUAAUGGCAGGUAUUGGAAAUUUCACAGUAAAAAGGAAGAGAUAUUUAUUAGACAUAGAAGUGCAUUAAGCAACCGGCGAAGAUUAUUUACGCGGUCGUAAGAAUCUGCAAAGGAGGCUUAUUUUGUACAUUUGAAGUUAAUAGAGAGCCGUUUGUUCUCGAAAUUAAGAGAUUUUAAAGGGGCUUCUGUAGGAGACAUCGAGGUUAGUGGUUAUUUAAUUAUAACCCAGUGUUGGCUAGUUUUUUAUUAUUGAUAAUUUUCUGUUUGUGCCGUAUAUUCUCCAAACUAACGUGGUAAACAUUGUUUUGGUUUGGUGUAACGGCGGAAUAACUGGCCGAUGGUUGUUUAUCAAAAAGACUGACAUCUAGUGGCGGUAAAGAGUCAUUGCAGUUCUGUCAAUAUAUAUGAUAUAGUUGAAUAAACCAUGAAGCUUCUGGAAAACUCAAGUUUUGAGGCCAUAAACAGUCUGCUUACAAUUGAAACGGGAGACUGUAAGAUUAUUGGACGUAUUGAGAGCUACUCCUGUAAGAUGGCAGGUGAUGACAAGCAGAUGUUUAAGCAGUUUUGUCAGGAAGGGCAGCCGCAUGUGCUGGAGGCUCUGUCUCCUCCUCAGAGCUCAGGAAUCAGCCCCAACAAACUGAGUCACAGUUUGGAUGAUGGAGAAGGUCCUCUUUCGGACAAGUGCAGCAGAAAGACGCUCUUUUACCUCAUCGCCACUCUCAAUGAAUCCUUCCGGCCGGACUACGACUUUAGUCGCACCAAAGGCCAUGAUUUCAGCAAAGAGCCCAGUGUUAAUUGGGUGUUUAAUGCAGUGAACAGCAGUUUGUCAGCUGCUGCGGGUGAGGCCUUCAGUCACCUACAGCCUCAGUUAUGGGAGGCCCUUGACAAGGAGAUCAGCCUUGCAGAAUGUGACAUAUACAGCUACAAUCCAGACCUGGAUUCAGACCCUUAUGGGGAAGAAGGCAACCUGUGGUCCUUCAACUACUUCUUUUAUAACAAAAGACUGAAAAGGAUUGUGUUCUUCACAUGCCGAUCUGUCAGUCUUUUUAUGGCUCCACGAGACUCUGGCAUCGGCACUGAACUGGAUCUGGAGUUGGACGAGGGCAGCUAUGAGGAAGAGGAAGAGGGCAACAUGGAUGAAGAGAGGUAUGGUGCACUGUGUGCCUGAUGAAGCCCUCGACCCUGUCGUCCGAAGCCAGCAUCUCUUGCCUGAGUUUCAAUGCCUGCCAUCAUUUUUUGAUCUUUUUAUCUUGUUUUUAUAUUGUUGGUCAUUUCUUAGGAAUGGAGACAUGUUGUAAUCCAGAAAUCUUCAAGUGCUAUUUUCCUUUACUUUUUUCUGUGUACAUUCCAUUGCAUUCCCUUGAUUUGUUUUCCUUCCUUUGGAGGAAACAUGUGAUAAGUUUUGUAAUAUCUUUUUUGUCUUAUUUUGUUUUUAAUUUUUUUUUUCCAAAGAGGUCAUUUUGUUUGUUUCUGAGUGCAAGAAUGCAGUUAAGGUAUUAUUCUCCCUCUCUCACUCUUUUUUUUAGUUACCCAAACCUCUCUUUUUUUUUUUUAAAUUUGUGUUCAUUAUUUCCACUAGUUUUUAUGGCUCUGUAAACUUCAAGUAUUUGUAUUUCCACUAGGUGGCAUCCUUCAACAUCUUAGUCUCCUGUCUCUGUUUUUUUUUUUUUUAUCCUUUACUGCUUUUAAGUUUAAGUUUUAAGGCAUUUUGAGUUUCCAUAAUUCCAUUUUUUUUAUAUAUAUAUAUCAAGAUCCUGUUUUUCCUGAUUCCCCCCCCUCUAUUAUUAUAAUAGAAGUGAACAGAUGAGUGUAUUUUUUUGUAUGACUUAAUACAUUUUCCUGCAACUUUUUUGCCUCAGGAAAAAUGAUAUUGAAACCGAUAUCUGCGUGAACGUCACCUAGUAGAUUCACUGGUGUCUUGACCUAUGAAUCAACUUUCUUUUUUUUUGUGCCCCCAAAGCUUAUAAAGAUGUGAAAGGAAAACCAUGAUGAGUCUGUAAAGUUUAGACUUUAUAAAGCCUUUGUUUGUUGUUUGCUGGUUUUUAUUUGGAUUUCGUAACAUUUGUGAGGUGUAUAAUGUGAAGUAAACACAGCAGUUCCGCUUUCUUCCAUGAA